ACGUUAUUUAUAUAUUUUCUUUGUUAAAUAUUCUUUAUAAUGUUUAUAAUGUGAAGAAUUAAUGGACAUUUUCUACUCACAAAGAAAUCGUUGAUUUACAAAUUUGCAUGACGUAGCGCGAAAAAAUUGGUUUAUCAUUUUUAUAUAAUCCCGUGUAAACAGUAAUUAGUUAUAUUUAUUGAUGAGCAAAACCUUAAAUAAAAAUAAACCAUACUACUUAAUACUGAAACACUUCCGAAGGAUAUUCAAACCCCUUUCAUUAUUUAAACGUUUAAAAUUUAUUUAGAUAUUUUUAAAGCUUUUAUUGACGAUCGCAUUUAUAAAGAAAUUAAAAAAAAAAAAUAUAUUUAUUAGAAAAAAAAUAAAAAUAAAACUACAAAAUAAGUUUGCAUGACAGAGCCUUCGUCCCCAACAGCUAACGACGGGAGUUUUGAUUUCGACGAUCUGAGCUUCGGCUCUAUCGAUGCAAAUUUUGCAAAAGGUUUGGACCAUUUAGAAAAAAAUGUCUCAUCAUUUAUGGAUAUGUCCAAACAACCUACCUCGUCGUUUCAUAACUCUAUACAAGAAAAUGGGAAUAAUACGAGAGAAUUGAACCCCGACGAUAAUAAAGUUGCUUAUAAUGUAUCACGUUUAUUAAAUAAUGAGGAUACUGCAAAUGGAAGGAGAAUUUCCGAUGCAAGUGAUACAAGAUCUAUCAGGAAUAGACGUAAUAAUAAUCCACGACCUAAUGCACCAUCAAGAAACGCACAAAUGACAUUGAAAGAACAAGAAAAGGUCAUCGAUGAAAUCAAAAAGGAAAAUUUAAAUUUAAAAAUGCAAAUAUAUUUUUUGGAAGAACGUAUUAACAAAAUGAGUCCCGAUGGAAUGGAACGAGCUUUAAAAGAAAAUGUUGAUCUUAAAAUGCAAAAUCAAGAAUUGAUAACUACUUUGAAAAAACGAGAUAAAUUAUUAGGUGAAGCUGAAAAUGCAAUACAAGCGCUUCAGCAAUCCGUAUUACAAGAUGGGGGAAUAUCACCAUCGGUGGAUACAUUCGAUUCAAAACUAAAUUCGGAAUUACAAAAUUACAAGGAUUUAUUACAAAAAGAAAGAGAUGAAAAACAAAUCAUUUUAGAUGAAGCGAAUGGACUUAAACGUCAAUUACUUGAUGCUAAAAGCAAAAUGCAAGAAACAAAUACAGAAUUGGAAAAAUUACGAGAAUCUGCCAUAAAAAAUUUUGAAGGAUUACAGAAUGAUGAAAUUGAUAAUCGAGAAAUGAUAAAAAGGAUUGAAGAGGCUGCAGAAAAAGCAAGACAAGAGGAAGCAGAAAAACAAAUCGUACUUAUACAACAAUUGAAGGGGCAAAUCUCUAAUCUAAAAACUCAACUUGUUUCACAUAAAAGUGAAAACGAGGACUUAAUUGCUGAGUUGGAUUUGAUUAGAAGUCACCCUAUGAGUUCAGCAUCUUCACGUAUUAUGAAUGGAGAAUUUAGCGAUCAAUACGAAGAGAGUCUUGGCCUAUUACGAGAUAAAGUAGCUGAAUUGACAUUACAGCAUCGAAACAAAUCUGCAGAAGUUGAUCAACUCAUAAUUAAGUUGGAAACGGCUAAUAAUACCAUUCAAGACCUUGAAGAUGAGAUGGAUCGAAUGGAAGCCGAAUUGAGAGAAGAAUUUAUACGUUGUCAAGAUAAUGAGCAAUUAAUAGUGGAACUUAAUGCAAUGAAUCAUGAUUAUCAAGAAGAUCUGGCUUUUAGUCAAGAGACAAUAGCUGAACUAAGACUUCAGAUAGACAAUCAAAAACGGGAGUUAACUGAAUUAACAGAAGAUCUUGACAAGGCACGUUCCGAUUGGGAACUCAAGACUAAGAACAUUGAGCAGGAUGAGAAAAUACAUGAAGAAUUGGUUUCAGACUUGAAAGAAAAACUCAACAUGAGUGACGCUAAAAUAGUAGAGUUAACAGCUGUAAAAGAAUCGACCGAUAAGCAGUUAGACUUACUUCAUAAAGAGGUAGAAAAUUACACUACACAGAUUGACGAAAUGAAAAAGAAUCUGCGUUACGAAGUUGAACAGCGUAAUGCGUCCGAGUCACAUGAAAAAGAAUUAAUAGCUGAAAGAAAUAAGGAUAGAGAAUUGUAUGAAAAAGAACUUGAGAAAGCGCUCAAAGAUAAGAAAGACAAUGAAAAACAAACUGAUCAAAGAUUAAAUGAGCUAAUUGAGAAAUUGUCGGCCGCACAACAACAAAUAUCGGAUUUGAAUAUGACAAUUCAAGAACGUGAUGCCGAUCUUCAAUAUGUUCGUCAACAACUAAGCAACCAGACUGGUCGAAAUAAAGAUACAACCGAACGUUAUUCAAAGGAACAAGAGAGAUUAAGAGUGGAAUUGGAUACAUCCCGACAGGAAUCUGAACGUUUGCGCACUCAACUUGAAAUGCUUUGCGAUGAAUUAGAGAAUAAAAAGAACCAAAUCAUUGAACAUGAAAACGAAAUAAAACAUUUGAAUAACCAACGAACCAAAUUGAACGAAAAAUUAUCAUCUAGUGAAAGUGCUCGUACUAAAGCCGAAGAAGUCUUCCGAAAUUUACAAAUGGACAUUCGAGAUAAAAAUUCUCUAAUUGACGAAUUAAAAACGCAAGUAACCGAUUUGGAAAAUAAUCUUACACAAGAAAAGAAGGCUACAUAUUCGAACGAAACUCAAUAUCGUGAUCAAAUUAUUGAGCGCAAUAAGCUUUUAAUGACUAUUUAUCAAUAUUUAGAUAAUAUAAUGUCGGACAGUGCAAAUAAACAAUCCAACUAUCCAAAGCCUUCGGCCAAUUUUGGUCUUUUCAACGAGCACCUUUUAUCAAAACUCAAGACUCUCACUCAUGUACAUAAUACCUUUGAUCGUCGCGCAAAGGAAAUUGACAAUCGUUGGCAAGAACAAUAUGAAUCUCUCAAGAAUCAAAUGGACAUUAAAUUACGUUUAUUAAAUAAAUUGGAAGAACAUGAAUGAAGAGCUUACGGAUCAGUUAUCAAUCAUGCGUGAACAAAUAGAUGAACUCAAAACUGCUAAUUCCCGUGCCGAAGAAGCUGAAAGCAAGCUAAGAGAAUCUGAACGUCGUGCAAGAACAAUUGAAUCUAAAAUGAAAGAGGAAGAAAGGAAAUGGACAGGACGAAUGAAAGAUUCAGAAUAUCGAGAAAAACAAUCUGAAGAGAGACUUAAAGUUGAAAAACAAGGCGCUAAAGAAAAAGUUGAAUCAUUAAUCGAUAAUAUCAAGGAUCUUGAGACUCAAAUACAAGCGCUCAAUAGAAGAAAUAAUCAAUUACAAGAAUUGAUUUCUAUU